AUGGGUCCCAGUCAUGUCCGCUCCUACUUUGCCUCUCAAGCAACCUAUACACCACUCAGCUGCCCCGCUGUCAAGUUCAAGGACUGGCUCUGCGUUAUUGGCCUCAUGAUCGGUGGAGCUGCGGGACUUUUCGUCCUUUUUUUCAUUGUUGUUGGGUGCUUAGCAUGCUGUUUCGCAAUAUUUGAAGGCUGUUGUCGUUGCUGUGGACCUCGGCGUCGACGGCCUGUGGUCACCCUUCCACGCUACACCACCCGCGAUCCGGAGAAUCCAGCAGUCAUCCCCGAUCAGAAUCCACAAGUCAUCCCCGAUCAGAAUCCACAAGUCAUCCCCGAGGAGAAUCCAGAAGUCGUCCCCGACUGUCCGCCCCCAUAUCUAGAACGCGCCCCUCCUACGGCUGUUCCUGUACCUCAACCAGGCGCGAUCUUACUCUCUGUGCUCCCCCGUCCUGCUGUUCCUGCCCAGACCCACCAUUCGAUACGUUCUUCUGCCUCAUCCACACGCAUGACGAUCUCCACGACGCCCGAUGCUGUUCCGCCAUCGUCUUCGCGCAUCUCCCAGCCUCCGCGAGCACAUCCUUCCUCCCACCGCGUUCCUUCUUCAAAUGUUCAAUCGCAUCAUACACCUUCAUCACAGCGCACUCGGCUCGUUGUCGUUCGAUCGCAACACACUAGUGUUACUCUAACAACGCAUUAACUUGAACGUCUAGUUCACAGCACUUUUCUAUUCUCAUCCUCUCACAUGCAUAUUCUAGAAAGCAGGACAGGCUUCUACCCGCCAAUAUGCGUUGUAAUCACAUAUUUGUAUACCAGCUGCUUCCCACAUUGCACCAUGUCAAUAAU